AUGUAGAAGAAGGACAUUAUCUUGGGUAAAGCAGCUAAGUUUCUAAAGGGAAUGAUUGAAUAACCAGUAUACAAAGGAACCUUUGGUUAAAACUUUUAUGCAGUAAUCAUAUAAUUAAAAUCAUUUACAUAUCAGAGCUUGAGCAUUAACAGAGUUGAAUUAGGGGAUACUUAUCCAGGAUCUGUUUUCUUCUAAUGUACAGUCCCAGACUUCACUAAAAAUACCUUUAUGAUGGCUCAUGGUGGUGCCCUUACUACUUAUAUUGACAUUAGUACUACAGCUGCUUUGUAUGCUUUUGAUGAGAAGGAGAGAGCUAAUGUGUCUGCAAAAUUAGAUAUGGAUUUUUUGAGUGCAGCAGCUAUUGGCAAAGAUAUUGAAAUCGAGGCAAGAAUAAACAGAAUUGGGAAAAGUAUGGCAUUUUUAGAAGGUAGAAUAAUAGAUCUUCAAACAAAGUAAUACAUUAUAUGA